AUGUUUAACAGGUUUAGGAUGAGUAGGUCGACUUUUGAGUUGGCCAAGUUCUCUUUUUAUUUGCUAACCCCCAUUUCUAUCAUGUACUACGUUGGUAUUGACACAGACAAGAAAUUCAAUGUUCCUGGGUUUUGGCCGGAUCCAAACACCUUGAAUAAGAUUCCCAAAGAACCUUAUGAAAUUCAAGCUGAGUUGGUUAGAAUGCGAAAGGCAAAUUUGGAAAAGAGGAAGAGGUUAGAGGAGAGAGCUAAAGAGCUUGGAAUUGAACCAGAUGAGGAAGAGAAGUAA